GAGUAAUGUGAUGCAACUUGAAUACAAAUAAUUCGCCAGUAUAUUUGCGGUAUAUUUUGAAAUUUGUGACGUAUUUUUAUCGAUAAGUCCGCGGUCACAGUGACUGAUUCCUUCUUUUGGAACUUCGUAUAUGUCAAGAUGGUGAAUGUACCAAAACAACGCCGCACCUUCUGCAAAAAGUGCAAGGUCCACAAGCUGCACAAAGUGACGCAGUACAAGAAGUCCAAGGAGCGCAAGGGUGCUCAGGGCCGAAGGCGUUACGACAGGAAACAGCAGGGUUUCGGUGGCCAGACCAAGCCCAUCUUCAGGAAGAAGGCUAAGACCACCAAGAAGAUUGUGCUGCGUAUGGAAUGCACUGAGUGCAAGUACCGCAAGCAAACUCCUCUGAAGCGUUGCAAGCACUUCGAGUUGGGAGGUGACAAGAAGCGCAAGGGACAGAUGAUCCAGUUCUAGGCACCAACCCAUACUUUUUCUAUAUCGAAGUGUUUUAAGUUGUUUUCUGCACCGCGCUUAUGUGGCGGCAAAUAAAACAAAUUAAAUUGUAGACGUAA